AUGCUGAGAACCGCUUUUGUCAUUUUCACGAGCGGCCGCGACUCGAAUCAUCUCAUCUACAAAAUUGCCCCAAAGGACCCCAACUGGCUCUUCGUGGGCCCAGAGUUUCAUUCCCUCCAUCAUGUUUACCCGGAUCGCUACAUCGGUUCUUUUAUCAAGGUGCUCAACUGGAUUCUGGCAUUUGGUAGAGCGAUUGUGACAGAGCUCGAGCGUGAAGGGGUUAACUGCAUCCGCAAGUUAAAAUUUGGCACUGAUUGGGACCAUAACAACUUUGAUAAAGCGCUCGCUGUUCUUUCCACCUCUGACGUUUUGAUCCUGGCUCAUGGCUCCAAAGACCAGGAUGCAGUUGAAUCGAAUUGCAAUUCAGCGAUUCGACUUGUCAAAUUGUACAAGCAGUACAGAGUGGCCAACCCCUCUGACCCUACGCUUCCGGAAGUAUGGUACGUUGGUAGUGAGAUUGAGUUCCAUCCUUCCUGGGGAAAUGCACCGUUGCAGCGUUACUCUCAAUCCAAACGACAGUUCCUUCCGCACCCUCGUUCCUUUUAUGAUGACCCUGAUAUACUUUACCGACAUAUCGUUCCAGCAUCGUUUCACUCAUCCAUGGGGCCUGCUGUGUUGGCUGCAGACGGCGCAGCCAAGUAUGCAAUGUGGUGGAUCCGGAGAGGUGCCAGAUAUAUCCCCGUUACAUAUACGGGAGUUGCAUACUUAAACUACUUUAAGUUUGUACUUUGCGUUCCUUAUGCGCAGGAUGCUUGUGUUGAAUAA